AUGGGAGUGAGGAUAAAGUGUAACCUGCACCCGGGCUGCGUGUGGGGCGUCGCCUACCGGCUGCCGGCGGGGCAGGAGGGCGAGGUGAUGGCGCACCUGGACUUCAGGGAGAAGGGGGGCUACAGGACCACGAGCGUCAUCUUCUACCCCAAGGACUCGUCGGUGCAGCCCUUCGAGGUGCAGCUCUACAUCGGCACCCGCGACAACCCCAACUACCUGGGCCCCGCCCCGCUGGAGGACAUCGCGCGGCAGAUCCUGGGCGCCGCCGGGCCCAGCGGCCGCAACACCGAGUACCUCUUCGAGCUGGCCAACUCCAUCCGCAGCCUCGUCCCCGAGGACGUGGACGAGCACCUCUUCUCCCUGGAGACCCUGGUCAAGGAGCUCUUGAAAAAGCACCAGCCCCCCAACUGUCUAUAA